AUGUCUCGAGCAAAACUUGCACUAUGGUUUAUAAAAUCAUUUGGCCUAGAGUUGACAGAGUUGAAAGCUAGAGAACGACAAACAGGGAUAGUACAUUCUCUUUCUGUUGACAACACUUGUAUUCCAGCUGAUGGUACUAAGGGUUUUGAUAGUUUAUCUAGUCAUGACCAGAAGACAGUAGAACAAGUAUUGUUUCUUCUGGACAAAUUUUGUGUUGGAGACUCAUUUUAUCAUGAACUAACAAUGAUUAUUGAUGGUCUGCCAAAGUCGUACCUUGUCAAGCAGAGAAGAGGGCAACUAAAUAAUAUCAGUAAUGUUGUGCCUACCCCGGGUAAAGCUGAUGGUGCUCAAAUAUCAUUCACUGACAUGCUGAAAUCUCAUGUUGAUGAAUUCAUCAAAUUACAUGACGAGGUAGAUUGGAGUAAAGAGAAUGUCCAGGUUAAAAUCUCUGGUGAUGGGGCACAAAUGACAAGAAAUUCUAGUUUCAUUUUGCUGUCGUUCUCACUACUUCAAAAUCAAGAUGAUGUAAUGUCUGCUAGUGGAAACCAUACAUUUGCAAUUGUGAAGGGAUCAGAAAGCUAUGAAACACUACAGGACUCAUUUGGAAUGAUUUUCCAGGAGAUUAACAAUCUAAUCCAGGUGGGUGAGAUCACUAUCAAUAACUCAAGAUUAAAUCUUGAGUUUUUCCUGGAGGGAGACUACAAAUUUUUAUUAAUUAUGAUGGGCAUGAAAGCAGCAACAUCCAAUUUUGCAUGUGUUUGGUGCAAGAUCCACAAGGAUAACCGAUGGAAAAUGGACAAGGACUUAACUCAUUAUAACUCUAUCCCAAUCAAACGCACGCUGCAAGAAAUCAUAAACAUGGCACAGAAAAAGGAUACACAGGACAA